AUGAUUUUUCCUUCUUCUCUUCUGCUUUUGACACAAUCAGCACAAAUUGCUACUUUGCUGACGAACAAAAGUGGCGUUUUAGAAUUUUGUGCUGGUAUCUCGGAACGUUACCAGAAUAGAACCGAAAUAAGUAAGACAGCAGAACAAAAGAUAAGCGGUGCUUUAGAACAUCGAGUAGCUUCUUGUGUUAACGCUAAUAAGUGAGUGCACAAGGCGUGUCGUUCAUUCGGAAGUGCCUCUGUAGCCUCUUCAAACCAGUGGAAACCGCACGAGAAAAAUGAUGGAGAACAACGGAACUGGCGAGGAACACCUGCAGGAACAAACGGGACAACCACCGCUGUUUGACAACGUAGAUAUCACUUCUCCGGAUGAUGAGAACGAGAAUGAUAUCUUCGAGUCGGCAAUACAGGAACCACUUUCACCGGUGCUUGAGGAUGUUCCUACCACUGAAUCUGGAGAUGUAUUCAUUGAAAUUUCUGUUUCUGACCCACAAAAGGUGGGAGAUGGUAUGGGGUCGUACCUAGCGUACAAAGUUUCAACGAAAACUAAUAUUCUAAAAUUCAAAAAACGUCAGUUUUACACCAUGCGCCGCUUUAGCGAUUUCCUCGGCUUACAUGGUUUACUGGUUAGUAAAUAUCUUCGACUUGGUCGCAUCAUUCCACCUGCCCCGGAAAAGAAUAUCAUCGGAACGACUAAAGUUAAAAUGAGCAGUCAACCGCAAAGCGAACCCGGAACCGGUAUCAAUCUGGAAUGGGUGGAGAAUCGUCGUGCCUCAUUAGAACGCUUUCUUAACCGGGUUGCGCAACAUCCUUUCCUCUGUCAAGAUGGAGAUUUUGUAAACUUUCUUGAGAGUGACCAAGAGCUACCCCGGGCAGUUAACACGGCAGCUCUCAGCGGAGCUGGAGUUAUGAGAUUAUUCAACAAAGUCGGUGAAACAGUCAAUAAAAUAACUUAUAAAAUGGAUGAAACCGAUCCGUGGUUUAACGACAAGAUCAACGAAGUUGAAACGAUCGAUGCUCACAUGCAGAAAUUGCAUUCGGCCAUCAAGGCAUUAGUUAACCAUCGUCGCGAGUUGGCCACGUUGACGGGAGGUGUAGCGAAAUCAGCCGCCCUCUUGAGUACCUGUGAAGAGCACACAGGACUAUCGCAAGCUCUCUCUCAGUUGGCGGACGUAGAAGAGAAGGUCGAAUUGCUACGUUCCGAACAGGCCAACUCGGAUUUGUACAUCCUGUCGGAAACGAUCAAAGACUACAUCGGUUUAUUCGGAGCUAUUAAAGAUGUAUUCCACGAACGGGUUAAGGUGUUCCAAAACUGGCAGCAUGCACAGAUGCAAUUGACGAAAAAACGUGAGAACAAAGCCAAAUUGGAACUGCAGGAGCGACGAGAUAAGCUAGAUUUGGCACAGAAAGAAGUCGAGGAGUGGGAAGCUAAGGUCCAACGUUGUCAGAAAGAGUUUGACAAUAUUUCCAGCGAAAUUAAACGAGAAAUGGAACGUUUCGAGCUAACUCGUGCUCGUGACUUCAAAUCCACUAUCAUAAAGUAUUUAGAAGAUCAAAUGGCACAUCAGCAACAGCAAAUGAAGUACUGGGAAGCCAUUGUGCCAGUUGCUAAGGAAAUUGCCUGAGACGAGCAGAACGCGACGACGACUACGAGCGCUAGUUUCACCGACGACGAAAACAACAGCCGCAGGAAGGUCAACACGUUGCGUUUGUCCAUUAAUCUCGCCGACGCCAACGCUAGAAUUUCAUAGACUAAAGCAUCCCAUUUUUCUUGCUAAUAGCAAAAUGGAUUUAGAUCGACAUCUGCAUCUAAUCGCGAACAAGUUUUUUUUUGUUAUUUUCCAGUUGUUACGAAUAUGCCUAGGAGGAACGUGUAUUAUAAAAACAAUUGUGCAGGUUUUUUUUUAUUGUUUUGCAAAUUUUCUUGAAACUAGCUUUACGGCCAAUAUUAAAUUUUGAUUUUCCGUCUACAGAUAAUGUGACGUGUAAAUAAAUUGUUUAAUGAAAUCUCGAGCAACUCGGUGUUCUUAGAAUGGAUACCCCGGCGGGACAUAUCACGCGAUAGUUGGUAUAAUUCCUAAUGUGUUGUAAAUAAAAUAACAUCGACGGAAAGUAAAAAUGUACAUCACAGAUGGCACGAAGAAAAACAAACUAGAUUGAUGGAAACUGUAUAAUUGGAAACCUUUAUAAACGUUUGCUACUGUGACGGGAACUGUAGAUGUGUCCUAGAUAAAGUUAGGUGAGCUCUUUAGAACACUGUUUUCGCUACUUUACUGGAGUGAAGAGACUCACAUAAAUGUAAUGCAUAAUAUGCAAGAUUUUGAAGGUACGUUUUGUUUGGCUUAGUCGAAUUGUACACAUGAACAAACUCUGAAUACUGUACGUGUGAUGGAUGCGCUAGAUUAGACCAAUCGCGUAUACUGUAGGCAAAUUGACACAUCUAGAUAUAAAACGGAUCGAAUUGUUAGUCAACACUUAUAGAACACCAGUAAGCAGUUUACAUUUUUACACUUUUCCCAUUUCAACCUGCAUUUAUGAUCUGCCUCAUUUCUAAGCAUGUAGGUUAAUACACCUCCAAGCACUUAUUUGAGCAUAACAGCUUGAAACUUUGCGUCCAUGCAAAACAAUCAAACUUAGAUCGAACCGCAAGAAGCUACGGAUAGUCAGCAAAUCAUUCCAUAAAUCGAUAAAUGUUUAUAUAUUUUUCGGAUCCGCGUACAACAUCAGCUUCUUUCGUCUCGUUACAAACACCUGUUAUUAUAAUUAUGAUUACAAUCAUAAGUAAAGGAAAGGCAAUGCUAUCGGCGCAUUCGAAAGCGCCAACAAGCACUACCUACAUAUAGUCUGCUAAGUAGUCUUCUAUUUUUCUCGUGGAGAUCCCAACUGUUUAGUCGCUUAUGAUUAUGUUCUAUGUGCUAUGUACACUAGCGUGAUACCUUAUAAUUGUCUAUAUUUCAUACGAAACAGGAAACAGAAAAAUGAUAAAUUAUUGUUAACUAUUUCUCUUUGAAAAGUAUAUAUCUUAAAAAAGCUAUUGAUGAAAUAAAGUUUAGGUAUUCCACAAUCAAGCGAAA